AUGUGGGUAUCAUGGCAUACGACACUUACAACGGCUGUGUUGAUAUCGGCGCGCUGCCGCCCCGUCAUAGCCGCAUACGACUUGGAUAUCACUUCGUCAGAUUCCAUAAAGAGCGUGUCCAAGCAAAUGGCAGCCGAUCUAAUAGCAUUCUACACCGGUGAUGAACCUGGACAAACUCCAGGCCUUCUCCCACAGCCUUACUACUGGUGGGAGGCCGGUGCUUUUUUAGGGUCAUUAGUCGACUACUGGUACUAUACAGGAGACACGACCUACAACCAGUUGACGACAGACGGGCUUUUAUUCCAGGUUGGCCCGUAUGACGACUACAUGCCUCCAAACCAGACUCUGACGGAAGGAAAUGAUGAUCAAGGUUUCUGGGGCAUGGCCGUCAUGUCGGCGGCAGAAUACAAAUUCCCGGAUCCACCAGAGGACAAACCGCAAUGGCUAGCACUCGCCCAAGCCGUCUUUAAUACGCAGGCCGCCAGAUGGGAUACUCAGUAUUGCGAGGGAGGCCUACGAUGGCAAAUUUUCCAAUGGAACAAUGGAUACAACUACAAAAACUCCAUUUCGCAGGGGUGUUUCUUCAAUCUUGCUGCUAGAUUGGCCUUGUAUACGGGGAACAGCUCAUAUGCUGACUGGGCUGUCAAGACGUGGGACUGGAUGGUGCAAGUCGAAUUCUUGGAUCAAGACUACCGUGUCUUUGAUGGUGCGCAUAUUGAAACGAACUGCACACAGAUUAUUCCCUACCAAUUUUCUUACAAUGCAGGGUCAUUUCUGCUUGGGGCUGCAGCCAUGUACGCCUUUGCAGACGAAAAGGGAUUGUCUAGUGAUCGAGACAUGUGGCACGAAAGAGUCGACGGGCUUUUGAACGGAACCGAUGUUUUCUUCUUCAGCGACGAAAAUGGCAGUCCACCGGUCAUGAUUGAAAUUGCCUGCGAGGGUGUUGAGCUUUGCAACCUGGACGAGCAAUCUUUCAAGGCCUAUCUCAGUCGAUGGAUGGCGGCCACGACAAAAUGGGCACCUUGGACGUACGACCGUAUCAAGUCACUCCUGGCGAGCUCGGCAGAAGCUGCCGCCAAGCAAUGUACGGGCGGCGACAAUGGUCGAAUGUGUGGGCUGAAGUGGGCAAACAACUCGGGAGCGUGGGAUGGGACGACUGGAGUGGGCCCGCAGAUGGCUGCCAUGGAGGUAGUUCUUGCCAACAUGAUCCAAGAGGCUGAGAGUCCCGUCACAAACGCAACUGGCGGGACCAGUGCUGGUGAUCCUUCGAGUGGCGGAUCUGAUAUAGGGCGUACUGACCCUUUGGGCUCAAUCGUCUUUGCCCCGGUGACAGCAGGCGAUAAAGCUGGCGCCGUUCUUUGUACCAUCAUCAUUGGCUCUGGGGUACUGACAGCCAUUGUAUUCAUGCUUACGGACGAGAAAAAGUCGACCACGGAAAACUGGGACAACUUGAAAUCAUCUCUUGCUAAGGGCGCCAGCGCUGGAGUAUUGGUAAAGGCUGACAAGCGCACGGCGACUGAUGAAAAGGGAAAAAGCAUAGCAAGGAGUGAUUCAGAUACCAGCGGUGGGAUUGCGCCCAUAAUGACAGCCGCAUGCCGUCCACGCCCAGAGCAAUAUCCAGCGAGACCCACGAGGCCCCCAAGGUAUACACAGAGACCACGGCCGCCGAUUGUGGUUCCUGAGACUCCCGGCUCUUUGAGUCAUCGAGAACCUCUUUCCCCGGAUAUAGCCAGGAGGAAACGACAGUCUCUAAAGAAGAAGAGGCGACCCAUUAUCUGA